AUGGCAUCUUUAGUCAGCUUGGAGGAAACACUAGAACGUUUUUGGGCAAUAGAAGAGCUACCCAGCCGUCAAAUUUAUUCUGAAGAGGAGCUCGCUUGUGAGAAAUACUUUGUGGAAACUACAUCCAGUGCUCCUGAUGGUCGAUAUGUGGUUCGUUUGCCUCGUAGUACGCACUUCGAGGAGAUGGUGGGACAAUCUGAGGACACCGCAUUUCGUCGGUUCAAAGCCCAUGAACAUCGGUUGAAUAGCGAUCCAGAGCUGAAAAAAGAAUACCAUCAGUUCAUGAAGAAGUACAUCGAUCUGGGUUAUAUGCGUGAGAUUACCCGAAAAGAAGCGUCCGAAAUUAAAGGUUAUUUCCAGCCUCAUCAUCACGAUACUAAGGAAUCCAGUACUACCACAAAGAUUCGGGUUGUGUUCGAUGCUUCAGCGAAAACUUCCUACGGAUACUCUUUGAACGAUGCACUAUUGCCCUAUCGUCAUCCGUGGGAAGAUGCUUCUUCAGAACUUGUGGUUGCAAUCAUGUGGUUGGAAUGA